AAGUGCACACACUGCAGAUGCAGUUGCAGGGAAUGAGUUAAACCGUAUUUAAUUUUGACAACCUCCAACUCCAACAACUUACCCAAUAUUCUUUACUUUCUUCCUCCGCCUUCUUCACUCCCAAUUCCCAAACCCUAGAAACAGCAAAAUCCCCCUUUUGAUGCAAAUGGGAUCAACCCACCAACUCUAGAGUCGCACCCUGCAACAUUUAGCUCAUGCCCACUUCAAUUAUGGCACCAUUUUCCAUUUCCCCCCACUUCACAGCCCUCACCUUCCUCAUCUUGCUCCUCAAAACCCAAGCUUUUGAUCCCCUUUCUUCCUUUUCCUUCACAGAUUUUGAGAAAGAUCCAAAUUUUAAGUCAAGUGUGGGGCUUUAUGGAAAUGCAAAGGUUGUCAAUGACGGCUCUCAAGUCCUUCUUUCUGGGAAUGGUGGGAGAGUCAUGUACAAGAAACCCAUCAAGCUUGUUCAUGGUGUAGCAAGGGAAUUGGUCUCAUUGUCAACCUACUUUGGGUUUUCAAUCAACUUGGAUAGUGGGAAGAAUGGCUUGGCUUUUGCUAUGGUUCCAAGUGGUGUUCAAGGUGAGGUUUUUGGUAAUAGUUCAUAUGGAUUUUCUUUUGGAGUGAAGGAAAGUGAGUAUAAGGUUAUAAGUGUUCAGUUUAGUGCUUCAAGGGAUGGUAGAAAUGGGGGUUAUACUAGUUGUAAUGUGGCCAUUAAUGUUGGUAGUUCUGUUCCUGUUAAAACAAUCAAUGCUUCAUCUGUCAUUAUGGGUCUAAAAAGUGAGGGGAAAUUGCAUGCUUGGAUUGAUUAUGAAGCGAGUUCAAAGCGGUUAGAAGUUAGGUUGAAUCAAUAUGGUCAAUCAAGGCCAUCUGAUCCAUUGCUUUGGCAUUCAAUCGACUUGUCAAAUGUGUGGGGGACUGAAGAGAUGUAUGCAGGCUUUAGCACGCUGAAAGGGAGUACUUCUCAAGCAUGCUUUCUCUAUUCAUGGAGCUUUAUUGUGAGGCAUUUUCCACAUUGGAUGCAUUCGGAGCCUCUGGAUCCGAAGGUGUUUGCUAAGAACACUGAAACUCCAGCAGUGAAAUCCAGGAGUGAUUGCCUUUUGAGGGUUCUUGCUGCCAUGAUAUUUGGUGCUGGAUGUGGAGCAUUGACUGCAUUCAUUGUUCUCUAUUUGUGGACCAUCUUCGGUAAUACACGACCGGUGGUGCCGGAGGAGUAUGCUAUGCAGCCUGUAGAUUUUGAGUACAAGAAAGUGAACAUUGUUGUAGAUAAAACCAUCAAAGAUGCCAAGGAGUAGAUCUACAGGAGGGAUCUAGUUGGAUGCUUGCAUUGUAAAUCAGUGUUUCUUGUAUUCAGGUUUUGCUUUGUUGUAGUUUGAUAAAGAACUAUUUAAUUUACUUAUGUUAUUGUCUAUUUUUGAACAAAUUGAGAUCCAGAUCUAACUCUGUAUUAAGGAUUACAUGGCUUACUUUUUCUUUUGGAAUCAUCACUAAAUGUCCAAAUCUAUGUUACUAAUUUAUUAUAUGUUGUUGACAGAGGUUCUAUUGUA